CGAAGACAACUGGCUGAGCUACGGAAGAAUUGAAGAACGAAAAAGUUGAAGGGCACCGCGAGAACGGAUAUUCAAUAGACUUCACCAGUUCGUGCGAUAGAACAUAGUUCGGAUUGAAGCAAAGUACGUCAAAUUAUACGAUGGAUUCGGAAGCGGUAUCGUCCCAUGAAGAUAACCCUCCAUCUCGGGUGAAAAAUCAUAAUAAAUACAGGAAAGACAAGCCUUGGGAUAAUGACCAAAUCGAUCACUGGAAGAAUCAACCGUGGAAUGAAGAAGAUGGUGACCAGUUGGUCGGUGGUCGUUUACUAGAAGAAUCGUGCUUUGCGACGCUCUUUCCAAAGUAUCGAGAAAACUACCUUCGCCAGGUAUGGCCAGUUGUAACCAAAGCAUURGAUGGGUAUAGAAUUGCCUGUGAGCUGAAUCUCGUCGAAGGAUCGAUGACCGUUCGUACAACGAGCAAAACAUCCGACCCCUACAUUAUUCUAAAGGCCAGAGACCUCCUCAAGCUUCUGUCGAGGAGUAUCCCAGUGGCACAAGCUUUGAAAAUUCUAAACGAUGAAUGGGUCUGCGACAUUGUCAAAAUCGGUGGUUUGGUUCGAAACAAGGAGCGCUUUGUGAAAAGAAGGCAACGGUUGUUGGGGCAGGAAGGUUCCACUUUGAAAGCCUUAGAAUUGGUAACAGGGUGCUUCAUUCUUGUUCAAGGAAAUACAGUCUCGAUUAUGGGUCAGACUUACCACGGACUGAAACAAGCUCGAAAUGUUGUUGUUGAUUGUAUGAACAAUAUUCAUCCAAUUUACCACAUUAAGAGAUUGAUGAUCAUGAAAGAACUUGCCAAAGACGAAAAGUUGAAGAACGAGGAUUGGGAACGAUUUCUACCAAAAUUUGCGAAGAAGAAUGUGAAAAGAAAGAAGCCUACGAAAAAGAAAACACCCAAGGCUUACACACCGUUUCCACCUGCACAGCAACCUCGAAAGGUUGAUUUACAGCUCGAAACUGGAGAGUAUUUUGYCUCUGAAGAACAGCGAAAGUCACAGAAAUUGGCUGCAAAGAAAGAACAGGCGAAACUCAUUUCUUUGGAGAAMCGAAAGCGGCGAAUGGAAGAAGACGAAAUCGCACCAGCGAGGAAGACUGACAACAAACGAAAGAAAAUGGCCUCCACGGAGAACGCAAAUGUUGAUGUACAAGCUUUUAAGAGCAAAAUUAAGAGUCGAUCAAAGGAAGUAAACCCCAAGGAYUCGAAGAUAUCUGAUUUUGUUAAGGACUAAGCGAGCAAAUCAUUUUGUUACGAAAGAGAAAGAUAAAUGAUCUACUUGAAU